UGGUGUACCUGGUUCGUUUUACGAACGCCAGUUCCCGAAGGACUCGCUUCAUUUUGCUCAUUCAUCGUGUACACUCAAUUGGCUUUCUGUGAUGCCUCAAGAGAUACUAGAUAACUCUUCUCCCGCAUGGAAUCAAGGAAAAAUUACAUAUUCUGGAGAGAAAAAGGAAGUGUUAAAAGCUUAUGCACUUCAGUAUGCUAAGGAUUUGGAUUCUUUUUUUAAAGCAAGGGCACAAGAGUUGGUUUGUGGAGGCUUAAUGGCAAUUCUUGUUCCAACUGUGCCUAACCCUAAUAGUGAUUUAUCCAGUAUCACUUUCCCUUCAUACGAUCUUCUGGGGACUUGUCUUAUUGAGUUGGCCGAGAGGGGACGAUUCGAUGCAGCCAAAGUAGACUCGUUCAAUUUGCCUGUAUAUUACACAUAUCCAAAUGAACUGAAGGCCAUAAUUGAGAAAAAUCAAGAUUUCAGUAUUGAAAGAAUAGAGGUACUAAACGUCCGGAGCAAGCAUCAAACUGAUCCUGACCCCAAAGCUUUUUCCCUGGCCAAAAGAGCUGUGUUCGAGGGACUAUUACAGGAACAUUUUGGAAAUGAAUUCAUGGAUGAACUGUUCGACCUAUACGCAGAAAAAAUCGAAGAAACUGCAGUUCCAUCGAAUCCUAAAGAGACAUCUAUGAUCACAUUUGUCCUCGUAAAACGUGUUUUUAGAAUGACUUAAUCUCGUAGUACCUACAGAGUCAAAUCAUGGUUCUCUCCACCAAUUUUCUUUUCUUCUUUUGCGUUUCUCUUUGAAUUUCAGUGUGAUUACUAUUUUCUUUUGCUGCCCUUACUGGAAAAUAAAACUCGGUCUCAACGAAGAUGCUUUGUAUCUUGAUCUUAAAAUAUGUAAUUUAUUGUAAUUAAAUUACAUCAAUAUGUGGAGAGUGGUUGCAAUAGUGCUUAAUAAUCUACUUGGGCCUUA